AUGAAAUUAAACCAGCCACAGGUCCAUUCAUUCCAAGUGGACUCCAAUGACACACCCACCACCAUUUCCACUCUGGACGACGACCAGGAAAAGCAACAGGAUGUAAAGAGAGAACUAAAGAAAAGACACAUCUCCAUGAUUGCCCUAGGUGGGACCAUCGGCACGGGACUGUUUUUGGGGAUUGCACGUCCACUCAUUAUCGCAGGUCCAAUAGGUGCAUUGAUCGCAUAUCUUUUCAUGGGAACCGUCGUAUUCUCUGUCACUCAAUCAUUGGGUGAAAUGUGCACUUUCAUCCCAGUAACAGCAUCAUUCACCGUCUUUGCCCAAAGAUUCUUAUCCCCCGCAUUCGGUGCUGCUAAUGGGUACAUGUAUUGGUUCUCCUGGGCAAUGACCUUUGCCCUAGAAUUAUCUGUGGUGGGCCAAAUUAUUCAAUUCUGGACCAUGGCGGUCCCCCUAGCAGCCUGGAUUUCCAUCGUUUGGGUCCUCUUGACAAUUUCUAACUUAUUCCCAGUACGCAUCUACGGUGAAAUUGAAUUCUGGAUCGCUUCUGUCAAAGUACUGGCCAUCCUGGGGUUCAUCAUUUAUGGUAUUUGUAUCAUUUGUGGUGCUGGUGUCACAGGACCCGUCGGUUUCAGAUAUUGGAAGAAUCCAGGACCUUGGGGCAUGGGGAUCAUUUCUUCCAAUGUCAAUGAGGCAAGAUUCUUUGGUUGGGUCUCGUCUUUAAUCAAUGCAGCAUUCACGUUCCAGGGAACUGAAUUGGUGGGCAUCACUGCCGGUGAAGUCCAAGAACCAAGAAAGACUGUCCCCAAGGCAAUUAAAAAAGUCGUCUUUAGAAUUCUGGUCUUCUACAUUGGUUCACUACUAGUCAUUGGAUUGUUGGUCCCAUAUAAUGAUCCCAAAUUACAAAGUAAUGACAGCUAUGUCUCCUCGUCACCUUUCAUCAUUACCAUCCAAAACGCAGGAACCAAGAUCCUACCACACAUUUUCAACGCUGUCAUUCUCAUAACCAUCAUUUCAGCGGGCAAUUCAAACGUUUACAUUGGGUCCAGGAUAUUGUAUGGCUUGGCUAAAAACAAGGCAGCACCCAAAUUUUUUACAAACACAUCCAAAGCUGGUGUUCCCUAUGUGACUGUCCUUUUCACUUCCAUGUUUGGAUCCCUAGCAUACAUGGAAACCACCACGGGAGGAGACAAGGCUUUCACAUGGUUGUUAAAUAUCGUAGGAGUAGCAGGGUUUUUCGCCUGGUUAUUGAUUUCUUGUUCUCAUAUCCGUUUCAUGAAGGCUUUGAAGCAAAGAGGAAUUUCAAGAAAUGAUUUGCCCUAUAAGGCCAUGCUCAUGCCAUGGCUAGCGUAUUAUGCCGUGUUCUUCAUGGUUAUAAUAAUCGUCAUCCAGGGAUUCACCUCUUUUGCCCCGAAAUUUAAAGUGGCAAACUUCUUUGCAGCUUAUAUUUCUGUCUUUUUAUUUAUUAUAUUUUGGGUCGCCUUUCAAAUAUGGUUCAAAUGUCGAUUGGUUUGGAAGUUGCAGGAUGUGGAUUUGGAUACAGAUAGAAGGGACAUUGAAGAGGAGGUAUGGAGUGAUGAUGUGGAAGACAAGAACAAGAAUUGGUGGGACCGUUUUUGGAAUUACGUAGCAUAA